UGGAUCUAGGGCUUCUCUCCUCUCUCGCAAUUUAGAACAACACACACACAAAAAAAAAAAAAAAGAAGAAAAAAACCUAAUUUCGAACACAGAUUCAUCGGAGAAGACGAAGAAUUAAGAGUCUUUUCAUCACCGGUACUUACAGAUCUAGGGACAAAACUUUCUUUAAGAUUAAAACAAAUCAAAAAAAAAGUACCAUCCUUUUUCUCCUUUACCCAUCAAUCAAAAUCGUUUCCUUUUCCUCUUGCUAAGAACAAAUCAAGAUCCAAUUGAACUUUCAAGCCCAACGGACAACGAAACCCUAAAAGUAAAGAUUUUGACAACCGAAUUUGAGUUUUGAGACAAAGUUCCAUACUUUUUGAUCUGUAAAUUUGGGAAGAAAGCUAUUAUUAUGUAUAAUAGUAACAGAGUACAAGUGUAUCAUGAAGAUGGUAGGCUUGGGGAAAUGGAGAUUUACCCUCCUCCUCCUCCAAUGGAAUCAAAUCAGCAGCAGCAAGAAGAUGAUGUACAGAGGAGGAAGAAACAACAGAGAAAAGUAAUGGAUGAAGUCAAGAUUGGAGGCAUCAGAAUAACCCGUUUCUCUCAACCUAGCGAGAGAUGUCCUCCUCUCUCUGUACUUACUACCGUUUCAUCUUCUGGCCUUUGUUUCAAGUUGGAAGCUCCUCCAUCUUCUCCCACUGCUCAGGAGCCACUCACUCUCCUCUACUCUUCCUGUCUAACAGAGAACAAGACGGCUGUGAUGUUACUAGGUGGUGAUGAGGAGCUCCACUUGGUUGCAAUGUACUCUGAAAAGUUCGACAGUGACCGUCCUUGUUUCUGGGCAUUUACUGUUACCUCUGGGAUUUAUGACUCCUGUCUUGUCAUGCUCAAUCUUAGAUGUCUUGGUAUUGUCUUUGAUCUUGAUGAAACUCUUGUGGUGGCGAAUACUACCAAGUCUUUUGACGAUAAGAUUGAGGGGUUGCAGAGGAGGAUUAACAACGAGGUGGACCCGCAACGGAUUGCAGCUAUGGUGGCUGAGAUGAAGCGUUAUCAAGAUGACAAGGUUCUGUUGAAGCAGUUUGUUGAGAGUGACCAGGUUGUUGAUAACGGGGAGGUGAUUAAGGUGCAAUCUGAAGUUGUUCCUGCCUUGUCUGAUAACCAUCAGCCUCUUGUUCGUCCCAUCAUAAGGCUGCCAGAGAAAAAUAUUAUCCUCACUCGCAUUAAUCCCAUGGUACGUGACACAAGUGUUCUUGUGAGGAUGAGGCCUUCAUGGGAGGAACUUCGUAGCUAUUUGACAGCAAAAGGGCGCAAGCGUUUCGAAGUAUAUGUUUGCACAAUGGCUGAGAGAGAUUACGCUUUAGAGAUGUGGAGGCUCCUUGAUCCAGAAGGGAAUUUGAUAAACGCAAAUGACUUGCUUAGUCGCAUUGUCUGUGUGAAAGCUGGUUUUAAAAAGUCAUUGUUCAAUGUGUUUCUCGAUGCAACCUGCCAUCCGAAGAUGGCUAUGAUAAUUGAUGAUCGAUUGAAAGUUUGGGAUGAGAAGGAUCAGCCGAGAGUGUAUGUGGUCCCUGCAUUUGCUCCCUACUACUCUCCUCAAGCUGAAGCAGCGGCAACACCAGUACUGUGUAUCACCAGAAAUGUUGCUUGCGGUGUCAGAGGUGGAUUUUUCAGGGAUUUUGAUGAUAGUCUGCUGCAAAGGAUUGCUCAAAUAUCUUAUGAGAAUGAUGUUGAGGAUAUUCCUUCUCCGCCUGAUGUCAGUCACUACUUGGUGCCAGAGGACGAAUCCUCGGGUUUAAAUGGGAACAAAGAUCCACUUGCUUUUGACGGGAUGGCUGAUACUGAAGUGGAGAGAAGAAUGAAGGAGGCAAUUUCGGGAUCUUCAGUUGUCCUUCCAGCGUCAAAUAUAGAUCCAAGGAUAGCUGCUCCAGUUCAGUAUCCCAUGGCUUCUGCUUCUUCUGUUCCCGCUCCAGUACCAGUACCAGUCGUGCAACAAGCACCACAACCAUCAGCUAUGACUUUCCCAAGAGUUCAGUUUCAACAACAGACACCAAUUUCUAAACAGUUGGUUCCUUCAGAACCAAGCUUGCAGAGUUCUCCUGCUAGAGAGGAGGGUGAGGUACCUGAAUCAGAGUUAGAUCCAGAUACUAGGAGGAGGCUCCUCAUAUUGCAACAUGGACAAGAUACUAGAGAUGCUGCUCCAAGUGAAUCUUCAUUUCCGCAAAGACCUCCAGCUCAAACUCCACCUCCUCCACAUGUGCAGCCAAGAAAUGGUUGGUUUCCUGUUGACGAGGAGAUGGACCCAGCUCCACUUCGUCGAACAGUCUCCAAAGAAUAUCCUUUGGAUUCUGAAAGCUUGAAUAGGCCACGCCAUCAGUCCUUUUUUCCUAAGAUUGAGAACUCGACUCAAUCUGAUAGGAUUCCUCAUGAGAAUCGCAGGCUACCAAAAGAGCCGCUUCGGAGAGAUGAACAGUUACGGUCAAACAACAAUCCACCAGGCUCUCAUCCUUUCUAUGGGGAAGAGUCAUCUUGGAAUCAAUCUUCAAGAAACAGUGAUCUUGACUUCAUACCUGGACGAAGUGUCUCAGCAACAGAGAACCCAGCUGAAGUUCUACAUCAGAUUGCUAUUAAAUGUGGAUCUAAGGUGGACUACAAACCGGGUUUGGUUGCUAGUACAGAUUUGCGGUUCUCUGUUGAGGCUUGGCUUUCUGGUGAAAAAAUUGGAGAAGGGGUUGGCAAAUCGAGACGAGAAGCCCUGCGCAAGGCUUCUGAAGUUUCUAUCCAGAACUUAGCUGAUAUAUAUUUGUCUCGCGCAAAUGGCGGCGACCCAGGUUCAAGCCACAGGGAUGUUAGCCCCUUCGCUAAUGGCAAUAUGAUUAUGGGAAAUGCAAACGUAAUUGAUAAACAGCCAUUUGCCAGAGAUGAACCAGUUCCUUCUAGACCUACAGAUCCAAGAUUAGAAGGCUCUAUGAGGCCCACUGGCUCCAUUACUGCGCUCAGGGAACUGUGUGCAUCGGAGGGUUGGGAGAUGUCUUUUCAGUCUCAGCGUCCACUUCAAUCUGACAUGGUCCACAGAGAUGAAUUGCAUGCUCAGGUUGAAAUAGAUGGACGUGUUUUAGGGGAAGGAGUUGGAUCAACAUGGGACGAAGCUAGAAUGCAGGCUGCUGAGAGAGCACUGUAUAGUAUGAGAUCAAUGCCUCCCUCGCAUAGACGACAAGGAUCUCCACGAUCGUUUGCUGGGAUGUCAAACAAGCGUCUAAAGCCGAACUUUCAACGGAUGCCAUCUUCAGGAAGAUAUUCUUAACGUAGAUCAGGUCAAGUACGAAGCACAUUCGGCACCAAUGUCUCUUGCGAAAGCACUACCAGCUACCCCCACAAGUUCUUUGACACGAUGAACCAGACACGGAGAGAGAGUGAGAGAGAUUCUGCGAAGCAAUAUCUUGGGCACACCGAGUACUAUACCGACAAGACAUAAACAUGCAAUUUGGCAUUCUUCCUCGAUAGAAACCAGUAAAGUUAGUUUAUUGUUUCUGCUGUUUUACUGUUUUCACUUUUGACACUAAGAUGUUGAUGUUAUAAUGUAAUUUUUUACUGUGUUAUUAACUGGCUUGUGUGAUUCAAAGCUUAUUCAUUUGACUAGCAAACAUAUUAUGAUAUUAUAUGAGAGAAGGUUACAAUAACUGUUGUCUGGAAUGAUCAACUGUCUUUAUUUAGAAACAUUAACAAAACUUUGCACAAGGGUUAGCCAAAAAGGAAACCAAAAGAGCAGUUUAUAUGACAGAACAAGCUCAGCUUUGGACAUAUUACUGUCCAAAUCUUCACAGCGUAAACCCCAAAACUCUCAGACUUCCUCUUCAGACAUGGACUCAGAGAAACUUGCUUCAGACUUUAUAUACUUAUACCAUUUCGCGCAAAUCAGAUAAACCACAAAAUCAGCUGCGGUUAGACCAGCUAGAAGAAAGUAGAAUCUGUCCAAGUGUCCU